AAAACUCACCACACAGCCUCCUCUCUCCUCCUUCUGUCUUCCCUAAAACAAAAAAAUUGAUCAAAAAUUUAAAAAAGAAGGAGAAAUAAAAAACAUUCAGAGACUGAUAGAGAUAAAGAGAGAAGAAGAGGCGAAGAAAAACGAAACCCCAAAUGAAGCAGCAGCAUCAGCAGAGCUCGUCGUCUGAGGCGGUAUCAUCGUCGUCGUCGUCCUCCGCAUCCACUUACGUGGACCAAUCACAGCCCGCAACGUCGUCGCCGAAUUCGGGAGCCUCCGAUAAGCUUCCGUCGAUACCGGCGGCGGCGCUGGAGGACCUCGCCGUGGGGUCCAGGGAUGGUGGCGGGGCGCAGGAGAGCGUGACCGUCGAUCGGCGAGGCGAGUACUCUGCGGUUUGCCGAUGGACGGUCCAGAAUUUCCCGAGAAUCAAAGCUAGGGCACUGUGGAGCAAGUACUUCGAGGUGGGAGGAUACGAUUGCCGGUUGUUAAUAUACCCUAAGGGUGACUCGCAGGCUUUGCCGGGGUACAUCUCCAUAUACCUCCAAAUCAUGGAUCCUCGGGGCACCUCGUCGUCCAAAUGGGACUGUUUUGCGAGUUACCGGCUAGCCAUCGUCAACCUCGCGGAUGAUUCCAAGACCAUUCAUCGCGAUUCAUGGCAUCGGUUCUCGAGCAAGAAGAAAUCUCACGGUUGGUGCGAUUUCACGCCCUCUUCUACUGUGUUUGAUUCGAAAUUAGGUUAUUUGUUCAAUACCGACUCCGUUUUGAUUACCGCCGAUAUAUUGAUAUUGAAUGAGUCUGUUAAUUUCACGCGAGAUAGUAAUAAUAACAAUGAGCUGCAAUCGUCUGCGGGCUCGAUGAUGAUGUCCGGUUCAGUGGUUGCCGGACCGGUUUCUGAUGUGUUGAGUGGCAAGUUCACUUGGAAAGUGCAUAACUUCAGUCUGUUUAAGGAAAUGAUUAAGACUCAGAAGAUAAUGAGCCCGGUGUUUCCUGCUGGAGAAUGUAAUUUGAGGAUUAGUGUGUAUCAGAGCUCGGUGAAUGGUGUGGAGUAUUUGUCAAUGUGUUUGGAGAGUAAGGACACAGACAAGACGGUUGUGUUGUCUGAUAGGAGUUGUUGGUGUUUGUUUCGAAUGUCAGUGUUGAACCAGAAGCCGGGGUCGAAUCACAUGCAUAGGGACUCGUAUGGGAGGUUUGCUGCUGAUAAUAAAAGUGGGGAUAACACAAGUUUGGGGUGGAAUGAUUAUAUGAAGAUGUCAGAUUUUGUUGGGAUCGAGUCGGGAUUUUUGGUGGAUGAUACCGCGGUGUUUAGUACGUCCUUCCAUGUAAUAAAGGAGUUUAGUAGCUUUUCGAAGAAUGGGGGGUUGAUUGCAGGGAGGAGUGGUAGUGGGGCAAGGAAGUUGGAUGGUCACAUGGGGAAAUUCAAUUGGAGGAUUGAAAAUUUCACAAGGUUGAAGGAUCUUUUAAAGAAGAGGAAGAUAACGGGUCUUUGCAUCAAGAGCAGGAGGUUUCAGAUUGGGAAUCGGGACUGUCGGCUCAUCGUCUAUCCCCGAGGGCAGUCUCAGCCACCAUGCCACCUUUCAGUGUUCCUUGAAGUUACAGAUUCACGGAACACAUCCAGUGACUGGAGUUGUUUUGUGAGUCAUCGUUUAUCAGUUGUGAACCAGAGGUUGGAGGAGAAGUCUGUCACAAAGGAGUCUCAGAACCGCUACUCCAAAGCUGCAAAGGAUUGGGGUUGGCGUGAAUUUGUGACUCUUACUAGUCUAUUUGAUCAAGAUUCAGGGUUUCUUGUUCAGGACACUGUUGUAUUCUCUGCGGAGGUCCUCAUAUUGAAAGAGACGUCAAUUAUGCAGGAUUUAACUGAUCAGGAUACCGAGUCAAGCAAUUCUGGUUCCCAGAUGGAUAAGAACGCGAAAAGAAGUUCAUUUACGUGGAAGGUGGAGAACUUCCUAUCUUUUAAGGAAAUAAUGGAGACCCGAAAAAUCUUUAGCAAAUUCUUUCAAGCUGGGGGAUGUGAGCUUCGAAUUGGUGUCUAUGAGUCCUUUGACACUAUAUGCAUUUAUUUGGAGAGUGACCAGUCAGUUGGUAGUGAUCUGGAUAAAAACUUCUGGGUGAGAUACAGGAUGGCUGUUGUGAAUCAAAAGAACCCUGCCAAAACUGUGUGGAAGGAGUCUUCUAUAUGUACAAAGACUUGGAACAAUUCUGUUUUGCAAUUCAUGAAGGUGUCAGAUAUGUUGGAAGCAGAUGCAGGGUUUCUUGUUCGUGAUACUGUUGUUUUUGUUUGUGAAAUAUUAGACUGCUGUCCUUGGUUUGAGUUUUCAGACCUAGAGGUGUUCGCCUCAGAGGACGAUCAGGAUGCAUUAACAACAGAUCCUGAUGAGCUCAUUGAUUCUGAAGAUAGUGAAGGAAUAGGUGGUGAUGAAGAAGAUAUCUUCAGAAACCUGCUUUCUAGAGCUGGAUUUCACCUCACAUAUGGAGAUAAUCCUUCACAGCCACAGGUCACUUUACGAGAAAAGCUGCUGAUGGACGCUGGCGCCAUUGCUGGUUUUCUGACUGGACUCCGUGUUUAUCUCGAUGACCCUGCUAAAGUAAAGCGCUUGCUACUUCCAACCAAGCUGUCUGGUAGCAGUGAUGGAAUGAAAGUCAUAAAGAAUGAUGAAUCUUCCCCUAGUUUGAUGAAUUUGUUAAUGGGAGUCAAAGUUCUGCAGCAGGCUAUUAUUGAUUUACUUUUGGACAUUAUGGUUGAGUGUUGCCAACCUACAGAAGCGAGUUCUAAUGGUGAUUUGUCUGAUACAAACUUAAAGUCUCCAGAUGGAAGUGGAGCUGCUAGUCCUUUGCAAUCGGAUAGAGAAAAUGGAGCUGCAGAAUCUGUGCAUUGUCCUGUAUAUGAGAGAUUGGAUACCAGUGUUGAUGAAACUAGCAGUAGUGCUUCGGCUGUUCAAAGCUCUGACAUGAAUGGGACUGGUAUACCUGGAAAACCUCAUCCUGGGCAUCCAAUUUCUCCCCCCGAAACAUCUGCCGGGGGUUCAGAGAAUGUGUCUCUUCGUUCUAAGACCAAGUGGCCAGAGCAAUCUGAAGAGCUCUUAGGAUUGAUUGUAAAUUCACUAAGAGCUCUUGAUGGAGCUGUUCCACAAGGCUGCCCUGAACCAAGACGUAGACCUCAGUCUGCACAGAAGAUUUCUCUUGUACUGGAUAAAGCUCCUAAGCAUUUGCAGCCCGAUCUAGUUGCUUUGGUGCCUAAGUUGGUGGAGCACUCAGAGCAUCCACUUGCUGCUUUUGCACUUAUAGAACGACUUCAAAAGCCAGAUGCAGAGCCUGCAUUGCGGACACCUGUUUUUGGUGCUCUUAGUCAACUGGACUGUGGCAGUGAAGUUUGGGAACGAGUUUUAUCUCAAUCUCUCGAGUUUUUGUCAGAUUCAAAUGAUGAGCCGCUUGCUGCAACUAUAGAUUUUAUAUUUAAAGCUGCAUCCCAGUGCCAACACCUCCCUGAAGCGGUCAGAUCUGUUCGUGUUAGGCUAAAGAAUUUGGGUGUCGAUGUUUCUCCUUGUGUUCUUGAAUUUUUGAGUAGAACUGUAAAUAGCUGGGGAGAUGUUGCUGAAACCAUACUUAGAGAUAUUGAUUGUGAUGAUGAUAUGGGCGACAGUUGCUCGACAUUGCAUUCUGGUCUUUUCUUGUUUGGUGAACAUGGACCUAGUUCUGAACGGUUUCAUUCGGUGGAUGAGCAGGCUUUCCGUGCUAGUCGUCAUUUUUCUGACAUUUACAUCUUGGUUGAGAUGUUAUCUAUACCUUGUCUUGCUGUUGAAGCCUCUCAAACAUUUGAGAGAGCUGUAGCUCGUGGUGCCAUUGUGGCUCAUUCUGUGGCCAUGGUUUUAGAAAGGCGCCUUGCUCAAGGAUUGAAUCUUGAUGCUAGAUUUGUUGCAGAUAAUUUCCAGCAGCCAGAUGCUGUAGUGGAGGGAGAAGCCAAUGAACAGCUGAGAGUCCAACGGGACGAUUUUACUUCAGUUCUUGGCCUUGCUGAGACAUUGGCCCUUUCUAGAGAUCUUUGUGUUAAGGGAUUUGUGAAGAUGCUGUAUACAUUAUUAUUUAAAUGGUAUGCUGACGAGUCUUAUCGAGGGCGAAUGCUAAAGAGACUUGUUGACCGAGCUACUAGCACGACAGAUAGUAGCCGUGAAGUUGACCUAGAUUUAGAUAUAUUGGUGACUUUGGCUUCUGAGGAGCAAGAAAUUAUUAGACCAGUUUUGAGUAUGAUGCGGGAGGUUGCUGAACUUGCAAAUGUUGAUCGGGCUGCUCUUUGGCACCAGUUAUGUGCCAGUGAAGAUGAAAUUAUUCGCAUGCGUGAAGAAAGGAAAGCAGAAAAUGCUAAUAUGGUUAGGGAAAAAGCUGUUAUAUCGCAAAAACUGAGUGAAUCUGAGGCUACUAUCAAUCGUCUUAAGUCUGAAAUGAAGGCUGAUAUUGACCGCUUUGCUCGUGAAAAGAAGGAACUUUCCGAACAAAUACAGGAAGUUGAGAGUCAGCUUGAGUGGCAUCGCUCCGAGCGGGACGAUGAAAUCAGAAAGCUCACUACAGAUAGGAAAGUGCUUCAGGAUCGUCUUCAUGAUGCAGAGUCACAAAUCUCUCAGUUGAAGUCCCGAAAACGUGAUGAAUUGAAGAAAGUGGUGAAGGAGAAAAAUGCUCUUGCCGAAAGGUUGAAGAGCGCUGAAGCUGCCCGUAAAAGAUUUGACGAAGAACUUAAACGGUAUGCCACAGAGAAUGUUACCCGAGAGGAAAUUCGGCAGUCUCUUGAGGAUGAAGUAAGGCAGUUGACACAAACAGUGGGACAAACGGAAGGAGAGAAACGGGAGAAGGAAGAGCAAGUUGCUCGGUGUGAAGCCUAUAUCGAUGGGAUGGAAUCAAAAUUGCAGGCCUGCCAGCAAUAUAUUCACACCCUCGAGGCUUCACUUCAGGAAGAAAUGUCCCGGCAUGCUCCUCUCUAUGGGGCUGGUUUGGAAGCUCUAUCAAUGAAGGAGUUGGAGACGCUGUCACGCAUUCAUGAAGAAGGGCUCAGGCAGAUCCAUACCCUUCAGCAGCAGCGUAAAAGCAGUCCAGCUGGCAGUCCUCUCGUGAGCCCUCAUGCCCUCCAACACAAUCAUGGGUUAUAUCCUGCGACACCACCCCAAAUGGCCGUCGGAUUGCCUCCUUCACUCAUCCCAAAUGGUGUUGGGAUCCAUAGCAAUGGGCAUGUGAAUGGUGCUGUUGGACCCUGGUUCAACCAUUCUUAGAUCCUGGGGUCAUAGCUCUCUCUGUGCCGAUGCAGGCAUUUGUUCGCCCAAUCGAGUUGGGUGAAAUUGCUAUUUUUUUGAGUUACUGAUUGGCAUUUUGGCUGUUUGAGCUGUUGGAACCGAGUGGGAUAGGAAAAAAGAAAAAGAAAAAGGAAUAAGAUGAUGAAAGAUGCAAGGCGUAGGUAGGCUAUGAGGGAGUCCAAUAGAACUAACAGUUGCAAAUGCCAAUACUCAUUUGCCCCCCUUCUUUUUUCUUUUUAUUUUUUCCCUUAAAAGUUAAUUAUAGGCUUUUUGAAA